GGCGCAAAAUAUGGGUCUUACGUUACAAUGACAAAAUAUACUCUAUGACAUGUUAUCAAUGAACUGCUCAUGUUAAUAAUAAGUCAAAUUAGUGAUUCGUCAACAACAAAUUGAAUUGUAAUAAUGGCUUAUUCAAUGUAAAACUACAUACCGAAUAUGUUCUGGAAUCGUUUAAGAAAAACUAAUAAACUAAUAGAACAUAUUGUCAUUUUCCAUUUGGAUAGUACAAACGGUGAUCCUGUAGUUGAAUAUGUUUAUCCAUCUGUUAACAACGAAAAUUCUCACCUUCAUAGGCUGCGAAAUUUUGUUCUUCCAUGUAAACAUAAAAGUCUUAUUUCGGAAGAGUAUACACUUAUAUUCACGGAUAGCGAUGGAACUGUAGAAUUUUUUGCGUGUAUUACUUUACCUAUUUCCGGAUAUAUUGUGUGUAUUAGUAGGUAAUAUUUUCAUCACACUUAUUUUUAUAGUCUAAAUUUUUUAUGAUAAUUUUAGUUAUUUUCCUUACUUUGAACUUUUGCACUCAAUCAUAACUCUGAUUAAUCAAGAACAUUUAUACAGAGAAGAAAACCGACGUAAUAUUGAAGUAAUUUUAAAGGAAUUGCAUUAUCAUUCUGGUGUUGCUACACUUAACAUUUCAUCACCUCCGAAUUCGACGGUACUGCUCACAUUCUAUCUUUUAAACCAAUUUAUCCAAACAGAAAUUAAGUAUGCAACUCCCGGAAGCACAGUUUCAGUUUGUUUAUCAUAGACAUAUUUUAGAGUAUUAUAAUACAUUGUCUAUCGGCAAUUGGAUUGUAAUAUUUGAAAGCUUAAUUUUGGAGAAAAGUGUAAUAUUCUACUCAAGUCGUUUACAGCGUAUUACUUCCUGUCUUUUGGCCAGUCUAAGUUUGUUGUACCCACUUAUAUGGCCUCAUUUAAUUUAUUCUCUACUACCUUCCAAUUGUAUUGAAUAUGUUGGGUAAGUAAGUAACGUCAACACUUGGAAUCUAGAUCUUCUUUUUUCUUUUGAAGCUGUCCGACCCCAUUUGUUGCUGGUGUUCACUCAUGUUUAAAAGAGGUUUGUUUAAUUCUGUCUUUCAGAUUAUGUGCCCGAUUGUCAGCAAGGAGGUGUGAAGAUAGUUGAAUUCCAUUGAAGCCACGAACCGACCAAUGUUAGACUACCAUUGCAAACUCGGAAGCACUGAACUGAUUUCAAUGAAAUCCAACAAUCUUCACAACCCCAUACUGAAAGAUAUUAUGUGCUCACUAGUGACUAGCUUCGAGAAGUGAUUCUCCUAUUUAUAGUUAGAAGCCGAGACCAAUAGUAUUCAACCCUGUCGGGUGUGAGGCAAUUACCCACUAUAGAAAACAGAAAAUAGUCGUGCAAUACCUUGGAUUGAGUGAAGUUAAGGAUCAACACAAUUGGACGCCAGCUCAAUGAUCCAAAAAUUAAGCGUUCGCACUCGAAACCGAAGGUCCCGGGUUCGAAUCCCGUAUGCGGGAUCAUAGAUGCGCAAUGCUGGGGAGUUCCACACUAGGACGAAACGGCCAUUCAGUGCUUCCAAGUUUUUAAAUGUAGUCUAACAUUGAUCGGAUCAUGGUUUCAAUGUAAGUCUUUGAUUUUUUAAAAAGUUCUGCUUUUUAUUUGUAUAGAAGAUGAAACCAUUGUUAAUUCCUGGAGUUCGACUUGUCGAUUUGGAUCAUGAUGUUGUAUAUGGGACAGGGGAUGUUGGAAUAACCAUGCCGUCUGUUUUACGUCAUUGGUUGAUUAAACGGUGUAACGCAUCACACAGUGCAAUUUUACGGCAUAUACGCUCAACAGAGAAUGUUGCUUCAACUGCUGCCUUACUUUUAGCCCGACCAUACUUAGAACUGAUGGCUAUUCUUCUUGGUCGUUAUCGAUCGGCACUGCAGCAUAAUGAAGCUUCUUCAUCUGUCAAUCUUUUACCAAUACAAUCACCAAAUGACGAAAGUCGAUCACAAGAUAAAUUUGAUCAACCUCGUAUAGGUGGAUGGUUUUUCGAUCGUGCUGCAUUUGUCGUUUCUUGUGGUCAUGAAUUACAGCCAUAUCUUACAGAACUUUUAAAUUCUCAGAUGGUGAUACAAUUUUUCGAAUCACGUGUAGCAGUUUUAAAUUCAGAUAUGGCGUUUAUUCCACCAGAUGAUUUUGAAGAUACUAUCGACCAUGUUUCCAUCCCGAGACGUUCUGGUGGAUUAAAUGAUCUACUGAAUUUCGGUCGAACUGAAUUUGAUAAAAUAACUCGAAAACUGACGCAGAAAUCCGAGAAACUUUCACAGAAAAGUAAUUCUGCUACAUCAAAAGCUCACAGUAGAAAAUUACUAAUCCCGUCUCUUUCAACUCGACCAUCAGAACAAGAUAUUUGUGAGAUAUUAAGGAAAAAAUUGGAAUUUAAAAAAGAUAAUAAUUUAUCUCUACCCACUCAUUAUCAGCAAAAUAAUGAUACAAAUAAUCUUCCAUCUUGUGAUAAUUCCAUAUGGCAACCUUUAUCACCAAAAAUCGAUCAUGAAUUACGUAAUUCAGAACGAACAAAUCGUAGUCUACUCACUAGUAUUUUGUCAGAACUACCUGACUUAACAGCUGAUUUUUAUCCUUCAACAACUAGUCGAGUUAAUGAUUCCCAAGUAUCGCUUAGAAAUCGUUCUCAAGACAUAGAGCAUAAACCAUUUAAUCUUCGUUGUAAUUCAUCAAAGCGUAUGGGUUGUUACGUAGAGUCUCCUGAAAAAGCUUUUCAAAAUUGGGUUACAUUCGAUUCUAGUCCACCUACAUGUUCUUCUGAAGAUCUUAUUAAUUUGACUGGUUCCCCAUCCAAUACACUUGAUCCGUUUUCAGAUGAUUCAUUUUCCAAAUCUUUAUCAACUAACACAAAACCAGCUAAAUGUGAUCACAAUGAAUUAGAACAAGCAAUUCUUGAUGAAUUCGACCAAUUGUCUAUAUCUCGAAUGAGAAAAACAUAAUGGUGACAAUUAUAAUUCUCACUUAUGUAUAUGUCGUUAUUAUGAUUAACUAAUUUUAGUGUAUAUUUACAAAUGAAUCUCUGUAAUCGUCGAUCUGAGAUCUCAAUUCAUGAUAAAAUUUCAUUCCAUUUUCUUAGAAUCUAAUAGAUAUUUCUUACGUUUUUUCUUAUUACAAUCGGGACAAUCAUUUUUUUAAACUUUACAUUAUUUGUUUAUUUGCUAAAAAAAGUUUACUCGAAUAUUUAAAUUCUUUAUAUUUCAAAAAAAGUUGAUUAUUAAUGAUGUCGUUUUGUGUAUAUUGAACAUUUGAAAAACAUGAACAUUUCCUUGUUAAGUUGCAAGUAAAAGUCAAAAUGGUUGCACAACAUUUUGAACAAAUUAGUUACAUACAACAGAGAACUUGGGAUACAUGCACAUCGGUUUCGUGUGUUACAUUUUACUAGCACAGGGAGAUGUGAUAGUAAGUAAUAUUAUGCAUGGAAGAUAUGAUUUGAGAGGGUAUGUGUUCGUAGAAUAGAGAACUUUCUUAAGACAAUUAAGAAACUUAGGAUCUGAGGAUAAACAGAAUGAAUGCAUUUAUUUCAUUGCAAACGAUUCUGGUUCAUAUCACCCAACGUUGCCAACCAUUGAUUAGUAUAAAUGCGCGGACUCUAAACCAGGUAAUCUGCAGCUACUCACAAGGUUCAGUCCAACAGUCAAUGACUACACGAACUGAAGCGAUGUUUAAUUUGGCCAGUCCUAGCUAUAUUUCAACCUACUCUUACAUAGGUAAUCAUCGUCCAUUGAUGUAGGAGGGUGUAAUACAUGCUCCAACCACCUAACUUAGUAAAGAUUCAAUACCUUAUCAACUGAUUUGCCAUCCUUACCUUAUACCUUAAACUGACUUCAGCACUACCUAGUCGUCGGUCCGGACAUACACGAGCAACGGUUCGAAGGUGUUUAUGGUCAACUACCGGUAACCUACGUUUUACAGCCAUAAAGCAUAACGGAAUGAGCUGCUGAAUUCAUCCUUUGGUUGGCAUUAAUCACUGUUUAGCGAUUAUUCAUGCGUAUGUAGUGUAUGAUACUUAUACUAUUUCAGUAGGCUUACAACGGUUUACUUUUUUUCGAGAAAAUGGAACGACAAGUAAUCCAUUUACCGGAUUAACCUAAACGACUGUCAAAUAUUCGCUGUUUUGAGGUAGAUUAAGAAAUACAGGUUCAUUACAUGAACCAGCAACUCUUUAUUUUACCAAUGGCAAUGUAAAUAAAAUUUCAGAACAAGUAUGAGAUUUACAUCUAUCAAUUACUGAGCACUGACCAUGUCAUAUUUUUCUGAUCCUUAAUGCAGUUGUUUAGCUAUAAACCACAUAGAACCUGGUGCAAACAUGGAUUGGUUCAAAGAG